AUGGCGAAAUCUCCGCGCGUCUAUACUUCACCUUCAGUCACAGUGGACCAAAAGUGGAACUGGGGAAAACAUGGAGAUAGGAUGGCGGAUGCAUCAACAGAUCACGUUGAGGAAAUCUCAGAUGGACCUCAAACGACUGUGCGGGACAAAAGCGAGAAGAUUGACGACAGUAAAAAUGUCCUCCCCGAUGCCGAAUACUCGCACAUCAAAAAUCCUGAACCAUGGCGAUAUGAGCAUUGGAUUCCUGGUGGAUAUAGCCAGUCUCGGAUGUUGAGAUUUAAGAAUCCGUCGACGAUGUACAAGGCUAUCAAUUUCUUUGCUUGUGUUGCGAUUUGCUUCUACGGAUAUGAUCAAGGUGUUAUGUCUAUGGUUAACUUCAAUCAUGAUUAUCAGAAACUUAUGGGAAUUUACCCCCCUGAAGGCAGCUCUAGAACUACAACUGCGGAGGGUGGUAUCGUUGCUGUAUACUAUGGCGGCUAUUAUUGUCUGUGGGUUGUUUUGGGUGCUGCACUCCAGACCUCGGCUUAUAACAUUACGUGGAUGUGCUUUGGGCGUGUUCUUGCUGGCAUUGGUGUUGGAGCGAUCGACUGUGUUAUUCCAGUCUGGUCAGCAGAAGUCAGUAGUCAUUCUGCUCGAGGCGCAUUCUUGGCUCUUGAAUUUGUGAUGAUCUUCCCAUUGACGGUCCGUGCCAAAGGAGGCGCAUGGUUCGUUGUAGGCUGGUCGAUUGGAAACGGCGUCGUGACAAUGAUCCCUCCUUUCCUCUUCCAAGCAAUCGGACAUGGCACCCUUCUCCUCCUCGCCGGACUGAAUGUAUUCGUCAUUCCAUUCCUUAUUUUACUCUACCCCGAGACAGCUGGUCGGAGUUUAGAGCAGAUGGAUGUUUUUUUCGACAAUGCCGAUUCUUGGAACGUGUUUACUGCCAGCAAGGGAAUUUGGGAGAAAGGAUUUGACGAUUGGCAAUGGACCAAGACAGUUCCUACGAGGAAUACACCUGUUGAUUGA